AUGGGGACGACAGCAAGAUGCGGCUGCCCAGGGCACAGGACCUGGUUCCUGACCCAGCUGCGGCAAGGAUGCUCGUCCCUACGGCAGCUCCCCACCGGCUGCCUGCGGCACUGGGGUCCCUCCGCCAUGAAAUCUGGAGCCCAGGAUGCCGGCUCACUGGAUGUGGCGGUGCAGAGUGCCCUCCAGGCCCUCUAUCCCCCCUUCGAAGCCACGGCCCCCACCGUCCUGGGCCAGGUGUUUCGGCUGCUGGGGACCAGCUACCGGGGGGGUGGACUCUCUUGCCUGCUCCAGUUCCUCAUCCCAGCCAAGCGCCUCUUCGAGCACGUGCGGCAGGCAGCCUGCGCUCCCUACUUUAACUGCAUCUUUCUCCAUGAAGGCUGGCCCUUGUGUCUUCACGAGAAAGUGGUUGUCCACCUCGCACCGCUCAACCCCCUCCUGCUGCGCCCUGGGGAUUUCUACCUGCAAGCGGAGCCCUGCGAGGAGCACUCGGCGCGCAUCACUGUCAAGCAUCUCUCCCAUGACCUGCGCACAGUGGAGGAGACACCAGUCCCCGAGGCUGCCUACGCGCUGCUCUUCACCAAUGAGUGGCUGGAAGAGAUCAACGGUGACCGGGACAGUGCCCCCCUCCACACCUGCCUGGUGGCCACCGAGAAUGGCAUCACCCCGCUGCCGUGGAGCAAGAUUGCCACACCGGAGUUCAUUGACAAGCCCAAGGCCGGAGCUGACAGUACACCCGCAGGUUCCCAGCAUGAUCCUGCUCCUGAAACUCCAGCCAAGCCAGCAGCACCCAGCACACCAGUGGCCCACGGGACGGCAGACAUCCCGGCACCCUAUGGCAACGUUGCGGGCACCAUCCCGGGCUGCAAGGUCACCUCUCAGAAGUCGAGCCAGGGAAGAUACCCGGGACUGAUCAAGGUGGACCAGGCUGGGCUGAGGAAGAAGCCAGCCAUGCUGGCCAUGCCCAGCCUCUGCGAGAUCAUCAGCCAGAACCUGGAGGGGGAGUACGUGGACCUGCUGGAGCUCUCUCGGGAACAGCUGGACCUCCUGGCCAGGUCCUUGCCACCCACUCGCCCAGCGGGGCCGAUGGGGUCCGGGCACAAGGCGAUGCUCCCUGGGCGAAAUGGAGGGCUGGGGGCAGACGCCUGGCCCUGCGGGGGGGCGCUGAGCUCAGAGGAGGGUCCCUGCACCCCGUGCCUGGAGAGGAAGCUGAGCCGGGAGCCAGGGCCACAUGGCCCACGGUGCCGCCACCGCGACUCCUACCUGGCCGCGCUGCAGAACCCGGGCCCGCGGUUCGGGGCGGCCCCUGGGGACGAAAGAGCCACCAGCCAACACGAAGGGGCCUGGAAGAAGAUGUCUGCCAUCUACUCGCCCAGGAUGGGCAGAGCCAAGCCAGCCGGGAAAGGUACGGAUGCAGCAGCCACUGACCCCAUGGAGGAACGGUCCCUGGAGAGCAUCGGCUGGAGCUCAGACAGGCUGGGCAGGACCCUUCUGCAGGUGACCACCAGCGGCAGUGCCUGGGGGGCCACAUGGUGCUCGGCCACCGAGCUGGCGAGGCUCCUCCUCUACCCCUGUUCCCUCCCCAGGGCAGAGCCAGGAGGAGCUGCCAGGACCCCCCAGCUGCUUCCCAGCUCAGAGGCCAUCGCCUGCAGCUGCCAGUUCCUGCCUGCCCUCAGCCUGCUGCCCAGGGGCACGAAGCUGCGGGAGGGGGCUUCAAGAAGGAGGGACCCCCACUUCACCCCCCUGGCGAGGCGAGAGGCGAAGGACGGCGGGCUCACUGUCGUGGUGGAUGCCAGGAAGCAGCCUCCUGCUCCUGUCCUGUUCUCGGCCCUCCGCUCUGUCCAGAGCGUCUCGCCGGGCUGCAUCCACACCAUGCUGCUGCUGGCCGAGAAGGAGCUGGUCGCCCACCGCGAGAGAUUGCCUGGGGUGCAGGUGGAGACCCUGGCGUCGCUGAAGGCUCUGGGCCGCUAUGUCGACAGCUCCCAGCUGACACAGGAGCUGGACGGCACCUUCCCCUACUGCCACAGCGAGUGGGUUCAAUUCUUCCAGAAACUGCAUCCCUUCACGGCCGGCCUCAGGCGAGCAUCAGACCUGCUGCGGAGCUGCAUCCAGGAGCUGCGGAGCGCCGACGCGCUGGCGGGGACGCAGGAUGCGGCCGCAUGCAUCGAGAGGCACCAGGAGCUGAUGCGGAGGGUGCUGAGUGACCCACAGCUGGUACAUGUGCAGCGCGAGGGGGGCGUCGUGCUGGCCAGGCUGCGCAGGGAGGCCGCCCGGCUCGGCGCCUCGGCCAACGUCAGGACCAGCAUGGAGUCGGCCGAGGGGCUGUACAGCCAGCUAGAGGAAGAGCUUCAUGACCUGGUGUCCCAAUCCAACAGCUGCCUGGAGCACCUGGAGUUCCUCCGAAAAGCCCAGGAGCUUGAGGCCAAGUUCAGCGAGCUGGGGUGCUGGCUGGACGGGGAGGCAGCGGUGCGACUGCAGGAGAUGGGGAACGAGGAGUGGAGCCCCGACAGCUUCCAGGGCUCUGCCGAGCAGUUUAACAAGUUCCUCGUCCAGGCAACAGCCCAGUACCGGCACGGCCUGACCCUGUGUCAGGAGGCGGCUGAGGUCCGAGAUGUGGCGUUCCCCGAGGCAGACCCCUUCCAGGAGGCUGCAGCCCUUUUCCGGACGAAGCUGAUGAGCUUCUACAGGCAGGUGGAGCGGCGGCAGGCUGAGCAGGAGCUGCUGCGGGAGCUUGGCCGGUUCUCCAGCAAGAUCACGGGGCUGAAGCUGGACUGCAGGCAGUGCUCAGCCCGGGUGAAGCGCGGGGAGGGCCAGGCGCUGCAAUGCCUGCAGAGCUCCUUCCAGAAGCUGUCGGUGGAGUUCGCCCUGGAGAAGCUGCAGGAGAUGAAGGCUCAGGUGCACAGGAUGCAGAGCAGCCAAGGGCUGGCAGCCUGGACCAAGGCACGGCACAGGUACCAGGAGAUCCGGCAGGUCCUGGAGGAGAUGCUGGCAGAGCUGCAGGAGGCUUGGGGAGCACAAGCUGAUGGGCAGGGUGACGCCUUCGGUUCCCCCAGCUCGGCACCCGCAGCCUCUUGCAAGGAUGCCCCAGUCUGCAAAGCAGCCGCCAGCCCCGAGCCAGCGGUGUCGGGGAGCCGGGGGGUGGCGGAGCAGCCAGAGCCCAGCGCCCAGGGACCAGGACAGCCCUGGCUCCCAGGACAGCCCCAAGCUGGCAGCAUUCCUGGCUCUGCACUGGGUGCAGAGAAGAGCUCCCCGCAGCCCCGCUGCCAGCAGGGGCCGGAGGGCGACCGUGCCUUUCACCACCACAUCUCUCCUCACAUUCCCCUCCCAAAACCCGAGAGCGGAGCCUGCCUGGGAGCUGCAGGACACCUCGCCCAGGAGCGCAGCCAGCCCUUUCAGAGGCAUCCCUUCACCCUGCCUCCCCGGGAGCGUUUUUCAGGUGCUGACCCAUUGUGUCCCACCACUGAGCCCCACAGGACUGUCUCAGCACCCGGCACUCACGGUCCACCUGCGGAUAAGCGAGCAGAAGCCACCCAGUACUUCCAGGUUUCCAGCCAGAGCAGUUUCUCCUCUGAAGACUCAGACUCGCAGAACUCCACCGAAGAAGCCCCAGCAGCGAGCCUGGCUUUGCCCCGGGACCUCCAGAGUCCCAGACCACCUUGCCCCUCUGAAAAGCCCUCCCAGAUUGUUUACCUGGAGAACCACCACACUGAGAGUCCAGCUAAAGCAAAUGCCAAGUGA